GGGUCGCCGCCGCCGCGGCAGCAGCAGCAGCAACGCAGCCUCCCCGCCUCCCCAGCCAAGCCAAGCCAUGCGCCUCGCCGGAGCGCCUGCUGCCUAGCCCCGGUCGCCAGCCGGCCUCUCUCUCUCUCUUCGCUCCGCGCCGUCCUUCCGUCCCCUCCGCCCGGGGAGGGUCGAGCAUGAGCGGCCGCCCCGGCUCGGCGGAGGCAGCCGGGCGCAAGGCAGGGCCCCCGAGUGGCAGGAGCGCGCCGGCGGAGGCGGCGCCAUGGUGCCCUUUGCGCCGCCCGAGGGCGCGGAGGAGCCGCCGCCUGAGCCCUUCUGCCCUCCGCCUCCGCCGCCGCCUCCUCCUCCGCCGCCGCCCGCCUCCAUCCCCGCCGCCGACCUGCCCGAGAUCGCCGCCGCCGCCGCCGGAGGAGGAGGAGGAGGAGGUGGCACCGGCAGUAGCAGCAGCAGUCCGGGCGGCGAGCUGAAUGGCAUUAAAAUGGUGGAUGAACCUAUGGAGGAAGGAGAACCAUAUUUCUGUAAUGAUGAAGGAAGUGUCAAAGAGAUUCCUAUUACCCAUCAUGUGAAAGAAGGAUGUGAAAAAGCAGAUCCGGCACAAUUUGAAUUGCUUAAAGUCCUUGGUCAAGGAUCAUUUGGAAAGGUUUUCCUUGUGAGAAAAAUCAUUGGUCCUGAUGCUGGACAUCUUUAUGCCAUGAAAGUUCUAAAGAAGGCUUCCUUGAAAGUUCGAGAUAGAGUCCGCACAAAGAUGGAGAGAGAUAUAUUAGUAGAAGUAAAUCAUCCGUUUAUUGUCAAACUGCACUAUGCCUUCCAGACUGAAGGAAAGCUAUAUUUAAUAUUGGAUUUUCUCAGGGGAGGAGACGUGUUCACAAGAUUAUCCAAAGAGGUUAUGUUUACAGAGGAAGAUGUGAAAUUCUACCUCGCAGAACUGGCUCUAGCUUUGGAUCACCUCCACAGCUUGGGAAUUGUAUACCGGGACUUGAAGCCAGAAAACAUUUUGCUUGAUGAAGCAGGACAUAUCAAGUUAACAGACUUCGGCUUAAGCAAAGAAUCGGUUGAUCAAGAGAAGAAAGCAUAUUCUUUCUGCGGUACUGUAGAAUACAUGGCCCCUGAAGUUGUGAACAGGCGGGGCCACAACCAAAGUGCAGACUGGUGGUCGUUUGGUGUCCUCAUGUUUGAAAUGCUCACUGGUACUUUACCUUUCCAAGGUAAAGACCGAAAUGAAACUAUGAAUAUGAUACUCAAAGCGAAACUCGGAAUGCCACAAUUCCUUAGCCCGGAAGCUCAGAGCCUUCUGAGGAUGUUGUUUAAAAGGAAUCCUUCCAACAGGCUAGGGGCUGGUCCUGAUGGGGUUGAAGAAAUAAAGAGGCAUCCUUUCUUUUCAACCAUUGAUUGGAAUAAACUUUACAGGAGGGAGAUCCAGCCUCCAUUUAAACCUGCUUCUGGAAGACCGGAAGACACUUUUUGCUUUGACCCAGAAUUCACAGCAAAAACUCCCAAAGAUUCUCCUGGAGUUCCACCAAGCGCCAAUGCUCAUCAGCUCUUCAAAGGUUUCAGCUUUGUGGCAACAAACGCCCUAGAAGACCACAAAAUCACCCCUCUCAACAACAUUUUGCCAAUAGUACAGCAACUUCAUGGGAGCAGUGCCCUCUUCACAGAUGCCUAUGAACUUAAAGAAGACAUUGGUGUGGGCUCCUACUCGGUGUGUAAGCGCUGCAUUCAUACAGUUUCCAAUAUGGAAUUUGCUGUGAAGAUAAUUGACAAAAGUAAGAGAGAUCCUUCCGAAGAAAUAGAAAUCUUGAUGCGGUACGGACAGCACCCGAACAUUAUUACUUUAAAAGAUGUGUACGAUGAUGGUAAAUAUAUCUACCUUGUCACAGAAUUGAUGAAGGGAGGUGAGCUUCUGGAUCGUAUUCUCAGACAGAAGUAUUUCUCCGAACGGGAAGCCAGCGCUGUCUUGUAUACAAUCGCUAAAACUGUGGACUAUCUGCAUUGUCAAGGAGUUGUGCAUCGGGAUCUUAAACCGAGUAAUAUUUUGUAUAUGGAUGAUUCCAAUAAUGCUGAUUCCAUCAGGAUUUGUGAUUUCGGCUUUGCAAAGCAACUCCGGGGAGAGAAUGGGCUUCUCUUAACACCAUGUUACACUGCUAAUUUUGUGGCACCAGAGGUCCUCAUGAGGCAAGGCUACGAUGCUGCUUGUGAUAUUUGGAGCUUGGGUGUUCUUCUUUAUACAAUGCUGGCAGGGUACACACCUUUUGCGAAUGGGCCCAAUGAUACCCCUGAAGAAAUCUUGUUACGGAUAGGUAGUGGAAAAUUUUCUUUAAGUGGAGGCAAUUGGGACACUGUGUCAGAUGCUGCAAAGGAUUUGCUGUCUCAUAUGCUACAUGUAGACCCACAUCAAAGAUACACCGCAGAGCAAGUUCUCAAACAUUCAUGGAUAGCCUGUAGAGAUCAGCUGCCACAUUAUCAGUUAAAUAGGCAAGACGCACCACAUCUAGUAAAGGGGGCCAUGGCUGCUACAUAUUCUGCAUUGAACAACAAGACAUUUCAGCCUGUUUUAGAACCUGUUGCUGCUUCAAGUUUGGCUCAGCGGAGAAGCAUGAAAAAGCUAACAUCCACAGACUUAUAGCUCAGCUGGAACAUUUAGUCCACGUGGAACAGAGAAAAGCAAGCAAGCAAACAAACAAACAAAAAAACCCCAAGAAACAGCUGCCUGCCCUGUGAAUUAAAAGGCAUAUAUACCAGUUCCUCCUACACUACUUGAAUUUCAGUUGAAGAAAGGAAGAAAACAAAAUUAAAAGGAAAAAGAAAAAAACGUCUACCAGUUUUUUAGAGGAUGUAUUGCUGUUCGUAGGUUGGUUUCAGUAGCAUCAGGGUAUUUUGCAACUGUGGUGAGGAAUUUCGGUACACAUUUCAUUUCGGAGAUCGAUCGCGUUAUGUUAAUACUUUUAAAUACUGUAUAGUUUUCAUCCGGUUUAUAAAGAUGAUGUAUUAGUUGAGACCAGAGACGCUGCUCAAGUUGUAAAUUUCAUUUCAGAAGAAAAGGUCAGUGUUUUAAUAUUUUUGCUACCUUGGCCCUGUUGUAAAGACAAAAGAAAAGAAAACAUUAAACAUGAUGUGCUCUGGUUUUGUACAUUGAUCCCAUUAACUGGCGGACUCCAUGCAUUUGAUUCGCGGGUUACGACAAGCCAAGGACCCUUGAAAAUGCAUAUCCUAGUGCAAAAUGCAUGAUGGAAGCCCUUAACUUCUGCUGGUGUCAGCCAAUUAUGUGUAAAAAAAAUCAUGUACAGCUGUAAUAAUCCAUGAGCAUACACCGAGAUGAUAGCGUGUAACUCCUUCAUUAGAAGCUGUAGAUUUGGUUCAACCUAGCCGUGUCUUUCUUAAGGCUUUUGAAGAGUGGUGGUUGUUAGGAUAAUAAAUAAUCUGUUGUACUUAAACUUUAUGUAUGACUUCACCAUCAUUGGACCUUUUCAAGAAGGGGUAAGUAGAUCUCUGCUUGAUAAUAGUUUAAAUCGGGGGUGUCCAACCUUGACAACUUUGAGGCCUGUGGACUGCAACUCCCAGAGUUCUCCAGCCAACCAGGGGAUUACUGGGAGUUGAAGUCAACAAGUCUUAAAGUUGCCAAGGUUAGCCACCCCUGCUUAGAUAUAGAAUAAGGUGUGAAGGGCUUUAUACCACACUCGUGGACUUCAACUCCCAGAAUUCUCAUGGCUGGCUGGAGAAUUCUGGGAGUUGAAGUCCACAGGUCUUAAAGUCGCCAAAGUUUGGCACCCCUGCUUAGAUACAGAAUAUUAUUAGAUACAGAAUAUGGUGUGUAGAGCUUGUACCCUAUAUCUAAAAGGCUAUGAGUUUGAUGUAAACUCCAGUAUUGUGCUCUCAUGUCCUGAGGCUUAGAUUUGUUUCAUCUGUGAACUUUGGUGUCACACAGUCUGUGCCCAUUUCAUUUAACAAUAGGACUGAUGUAUUUUGCACUUGCAUUCUGGAUUGAACCUUGUUACUUGAUUGGUAUUGAGAAAA